GUCUUCAUUCACAUUAAUGCGCUCCUUGGCCUUCUCUCUUCACUUGUUUUCUUUCCCCUUUUUUUUUUUUCUUUUAAUUUUACCGCUCUGAAUCUGCGUAUUGCAAUUAAAAACACAUCGAAAAAAUGGCAAAUGAGAUACGAUUCUUCGAAUUAAACACAGGAGCUAAGAUGCCGUCAGUGGGGCUCGGCACCUGGCAGUCUGAUCCAGGUGUCGUCGGUGCUGCCGUGACUGCCGCCGUCAAGAUCGGAUACCGCCAUAUUGAUUGUGCUCAAGCUUAUAAAAAUGAGGAGGAGGUUGGUUUGGCUCUGAAGAAACUCUUCCAAGACGGCGUGGUGAAGCGCGAGGAUUUAUUUAUUACCUCAAAACUCUGGUGCUCUAAUCAUGCUCCAGAAGAUGUGUCAGAGGCAUUCGCAGGAACUUUGAAGGAUCUACAACUUGAUUACGUUGAUUUGUAUCUUAUACACUGGCCUGUUCGGAUGAAGAAGGGAUCAAUUGGCAUCAAGCCUGAGAACUUUGCCCAACCAGAUUUACCUCUGACAUGGCAAGCGAUGGAAGCAGUCUAUGAUUCUGGCAAGGCUCGUGCUAUUGGUGUGAGUAACUUCUCUACAAAGAAACUGGCGGAUUUGCUGGAGGUUGCACGUGUUCCUCCUGUUGUGAAUCAGGUGGAAUGCCAUCCUGCAUGGAACCAGGCAAAGCUUCAUUCAUUUUGUCAAUCCAAGGGAGUUCACCUUUCUGGAUAUUCACCUCUAGGAUCUCCUGGCACCACAUGGCUCAAGAGUGAUGUACUCAAGAACCCAUAUCUAAAUAUGGUUGCAGAGAAAUUGGGCAAAACUCCUGCUCAAGUUGCCCUACGCUGGGGCCUUCAAAAGGGUCAUAGCGUGCUUCCUAAGAGUACACAUGAAGCAUGGAUCAAGGAGAACUUUGAUGUCUUUACAUGGUCUAUUCCAGAGGACCUGAUUGACCAGUUUUCGAAAAUUGAGCAGGCAAGACUGCUCAGAGGUACUUCAUUUGUCCACGAGACCCUCAGCCCAUAUAAGACCCUCGAGGAGCUCUGGGAUGGUGAGAUCUGAGCAGUUAGAUGGACGACGGUGGAAAAUAUUGAAGGCAAAUGGAAGGAAUGGGACGUCACAGGAGAGGCGGUUGUUUAUGGAUAUUUCUAGCUGGCGUUCAUGAGCAACGACAGAAGAUUUUGCAUUUGCUUUGCGUGCUUGAAUUUGCAGUUAUAAACAAAAUUGGUGGUUGUGAUCGUGGUUCUUAAUCAUUUAUCAUUUACCAGAUUUUAUCCGUGAUUUAAAA